UCAUCGAGCAGUGGCCUAACCUUCAAGCUCCACCCUCUGGUGAUCGUCAACAUCUCCGAUCACUACACGCGAGUCAAAGCGCAGAAUCUCCACUCCUCUUCCUCCUCAACCGCGGCCAAUGGCGCCGCCGCCCCUCGCGUGUUCGGGUGCGUCAUCGGAGUCCAGCGUGGCCGCACUGUUGAGAUCUUCAACAGCUUCGAGCUUCUCUUUGAUCCCGUCACCCAAACCCUAGAUCGGCCUUUCAUCGAGAAGAAGCAAGAGCUUUACAAAAAGGUCUUCCCAGAUUUUUAUAUAUUAGGGUGGUAUUCAACAGGGAGUGAUGCUCAGGAGUCCGAUAUGCAGAUACACAAAGCUUUGAUGGAUAUUAAUGAAAGUCCUGUUUACCUUAUUCUGAAUCCAUCAAUUAACCAUGCCCAGAAGGAUCUACCUGUGACGAUCUAUGAAAGCGAACUACAUGUCAUUGAUGGGAUUCCUCAGCUUAUAUUUGUAAGGUCAAAUUACACAAUUGAGACUGUAGAGGCUGAGCGGAUUUCCGUUGAUCAUGUCGCACAUCUUAAGCCAUCUGAUGGGGGCUCCGCUGCAACUCAAUUGGCUGCACAUCUUACUGGUAUACAUAGUGCUAUAAAAAUGCUGAACAGCAGGAUCCGUGUACUCCACCAAUAUCUUCUCGGCAUGCAAAGAGGUGAUAUUCCCCUUGAUCAUUCAUUGCUGAGACAAGUUUCAAGUCUUUUAAGAAGGUUGCCAGCCAUGGAAUCAGAGAAAUUUCAGGAUGAUUUUUUGAUGGAAUACAAUGACACACUGCUCAUGACCUACCUAGCGAUGUUCACAAAUUGUUCAAGCACCAUGAAUGAAAUGGUGGACAAGUUCAACACCAUCUACGACAGACAUACUAGAAGAGGAGGUCGAUCUGCCUUCAUUUAGCCAGGCAUUGCUGUUUUUGUGAUUCAUGCCAGAAGACCCCUUUAGUUACUUGGUUACAGAGCUUUUUGCAACUAAUAUCAUCCCAGCUGCAAAGAUUUUGUUUAACAUGGAUAUGAUUCGACUCUGAAGUCUAUAUAUAUCACUGCUAAGAGUGUACGUAAUUCAUCUACUGGUACUUGAAAGAAUAUUGUUUGCUCACCUGAGAGUAACGGGAAACCAAGACGAGUGGUAAUACCACGCUACUUCUUGUUGGUUUGGGGGUGUAUCGGUCUUGCUUAGUUUUUGUGUAUUCAGAGUACAUAAUGUUAUAUGUGAAUGGUGGUCUUAAAUCGGGCGG